AUGGCAGAUGAAGAAGUCGAGGCCACACUGCUUGGGCUACCAACGCUUGGUGAACCAGUACCGCUUGGAGUGGUGUUCGAGAAUGAGGCUAAGCUCGAAGCAGUGGGCGGGUAUGAGCUGGGUGCUCCAAUCGCUGGCGCCGAGGAGCUCGUAGAAGCUGAGCUGGUCACAGAUGGACCGGCAGAGGACGAGCUUGCGGAUGCUGAGCUGCCGGAGCUGCUGGAGCUGACACUGGGUGUGGCGGAAGGAGAUGAACUGGGAGCGCUGCUGACCGAAGCAGGCACUGCAGCUAACGACGAAGAAGCUGGGCUGGUUGAAACAGCAGGGGUAGAUGCUGAAGACGAGGAGCUGGGAAGUGUUGGCACAGCGGGGACUGCAGUCGAGGACGAAGAGCCUACACUGCUUGGCACACCCGAGCUGCUGGACGCAGAAGCAGCAGCAGAAACAGCUCCUGUAGAGGUCGCUGGGAUGCUGGGUGAGCUAGGUACUGGGCCUGGCGCCGAAGAGGAUGAAGCGACUGGAGCACUCGAAGCCGAGCUGCUCGGAGGAGCAUAG